AUGUCCUGGACAGAGCCAGAGCCUAAGAUCAUGGGAAAGCAAUGGGAAAUAUUGGGCACUUCAUCAGGCGACUUCAGGUGUAUUUCUAGAGAUUGUCCAGGGGCUGGUAACAAGAAUAGAGAGCCAUCCAUAGCCACAAGACGCAGAACGUCUUCUGGCAAAACGGUCCUGACUUACCCAGAGGUGGCUGAGGAGGCCGUUGGAGGACCACAAAGCUGCAAGUGGCUUUCCUGGGGCCUGCAGGGAACAGCUGGAGGAUGCUUGGAAGGGCACCCACAUUGGGUCUCACAGGAGUCUGCACCUGCAGGUCACGCUGGCAUUAGCCCCUCAUCCUCUGCGGUUCAUCUCAUCCUGGCGAAGACAUCUGGCGGACCUCAGAGGGUGAGACACAGCUCGAAGCUGCUGCUCCAUCCCCAGGGCGGAGGCCACGUGGUCCAGCUGGCUGCCAGAACCUUGUCAUGCUCCUGGAGUGUGUGCAGCAGGUGUCAGCUGAAGUCCUCCACGCUCUGCCUGGAGGUUUUGGAUGCUUUCUUCAGGAUCCUCUCCAUUUGUUCUGCAGAUUCUUGA